AGUGCGCCUCGCCAAUAGGAUUGCGAAAGCAUCGGGUCAACAGCACGCGGGGCUCAAUGUCACGGACGCGCGUGUUGCGCAGCUUGAAUGCGAUUCAUUAAUGUAGAUCCUGUGGACAAGAACCGCAUAACUUGAGGCUUGUUGGUCAUCAUGGCGGUGUGUGGAGGAUGUAGGUUUUUUGUCCUGACUUUAAGACCUCUCUGUGGAACAUCAAGAUCUGCAUCUCCCUGCGCUUUGCCUUGGACUAAACACAGUACUUUGUCCACAUCUGCAAGAACUUGCUCUCCAGACUCAUUCUCCUCCGGCACAAGGAAGACCCCGGCUCAGGUGGGCAAACCAGAGCUCAUUACUCUAUCCUCAGGAGGCGUUCAGAGGAACCUCUCCGCUGUCGCCGUGCCACUGCAGGGUCAGUUUCGGCCCCUCUGUCGGUACGACCCGUUAGAUUUGGGCGAUGUGGAUGAGAACACGCAGAAAGCCCUAGCCUGUAAACACCUGAGACGGUUCAUCGUAGACCCGUCCCUCGCAAGAAUCGUGACCGACCACCUCGCCGGAGAUAUUGAGGACGGGAAAGCUGUUAUAUUUGAGUGCAACCCAGGUCCUGGCGUAUUGACACGUGCUUUGCUAAACAGUGGGGCUCAAAGAGUGGUUGCGUUGGAAAGUGAAGCAAACUUCCUUCCUGAGCUGCAGGACCUGGAGAGCAAACUGGAAGGGCAGCUGGAUUUGGUUCAUUGUGACUUCUUCAAACUGGAUCCCAUCGGCCACGGCAGCAUGAAGCCACCCGUCAUGUACUCGGAGAAGCUCUUCUCUGACCUGGCCAUCUCUGAGGUACCCUGGUCAGCAGAUGUCCCGGUGAAGAUUGUGGGGAUCUUCUCUCAUAGGAAUGAGAAGAGCAUACUGUGGAAGCUGAUUUACAACCUGUUUGAGCGCCGUUCUAUUUACCGCUACGGACGUGUGGAGUUGAUCAUGUUCAUCAGCAAGAAUGAAUACAUGAAACUAGUGACCCGUCCAAGAGAUUAUAAGAACUACCUAGCUUUCAGUGUUCUCUGGCAGAUGGCCUGUGAUAUUGAGUUACUGCAUGAGGAGCCAUUGUCGUCCUUUCUGACUAUAAGCAGGAGUAAUAAAAAGUCCACAUCUAAGAGCACUACUUCACAGAGUGAUAACCUGUGUUUGGUGCGGAUAACCCCACGUGAGGACUUGUUUAACUCUCACCUAACUCCCUUGAAUGGCAGCACUCUGGUUUUGAUGGUGAAACAAUGCCUUGCUAAAAGGAGACGCAGAUUGAUUGAACAAAUCAACUCAUGGAGUCCUGGCAGUGGAUCAGAGCUCAAUUCAAAGCUCUGCUUCAUCGACGACACAAUGACAGGCGACGUCUACCCUGAUGAGUACAAGCGUCUGUUUGAGCUAAUGGAGCAGUCAGGAAACUUCACUGAGAGCUGGCUUUAUGAGGAGAUGCUGGAAACCACACACACUGGUCACGCCUGACACCACCUGGGACGACGCAUUACCUACAGAGCUAAUCAUGGAUGAAAUAUAAAAGACACUGUUUAUAUGGAAAAGACAGCUAGAAGAGAAACACCCAAAUCCUUAAUGAUUGCUAAUAUUUACAUAGACUUGUCUAUGAAAGACUUUACAUUUUGAUAAAGUUGUGUUUAGUAAUAAACUGUAAACUGGAGAACCGUUUUGGUUGUCAGUGACUGCUGGUUGGAUACCUUUGGACAAGUUUGGAGACUGUUGGUAUCAAGAAGAUAUUGUCACAUUUUUAGAGAGGUACUGUUCCCAUGCUGCAGUGCACCCAAGAAGUCAAUCAAUUUAUGCAUGUACUAAAAGUACACCAAAU